UCAAAAUGCCAUGUCUCUUCAGUAAGCAGAUAUUUGACACUAAAAGCUCAAAAGCACUAAGUUCUAUCUGCGUGAUAUUAUUUCUGGUGUUACUGCAAUAUCUUUUUCUUCACUCUUUUGGUGAAAAGUAGAUAAGAAAAGCUAGGAGAAAAAUACUGAAACUAUAAUAAAGGAAUUAUAAUUACAAAAAAAGAAAAUGGCAAUUAUCCAAGAAGAAGAGAGGUUGAUAGAUCAUUCUCCAAAAUCUCAAACAAAGGGUGGGCUCAAAACCAUGUCUUUCAUCAUAGUGAACGAAACACUGGAGAGAGUGGCAAGUUACGGAUUGCAGCCAAACAUGAUAAUAUAUUUGAUGCAAGGUUAUAAUUUGGAGGUUGUAACAGCUACAAGCAUAUUGAAUAUAUGGUCUGCUCUUUCCCAUGGAUUGGCUCUUUUGGGUGCCUUUGUUUCUGAUUCUUUCUUCGGUCGCUUCAGAGUUGUUGCUAUUGGAUCCAUCUCCAGCCUUUUUGGAAUGGCUAUUCUUUGGUUAACCACCAUUAUUCCACAAUUGAGGCCUUUACCUUGUGAUCAGUUUGAAAUCAAUGAAUGCAACAGACCAACACCAGCACAAUUCUUUGUGUUAUUUUUCUCUCUUGGGAUUAUUGCUGUGGGAGCUGGUUUCGUUAGACCUUGUUCUAUCGCCUUUGGUGCUGAUCAAUUGGACAACAAAGAAAACACCAAUAAUAAUAGGAUUAUGGAAAGCUAUUUCAACUGGUACUAUGCUACUAUUGGAAUGUCAACACUCAUUGCGACAACCUUAAUUGUGUAUAUUCAAGAUGCUUUUGGUUGGCAAGUUGGUUUUGGAAUUCCUGUUAUCCUUAUGCUUUUCUCUGUUUCAGCCUUCCUUUUGGGUUCUCCUCUUUAUAUCAAAGUAAAUGCUACUGAAAGCUUGUUCACCGGAUUCUUUCAAGUACUUGUUGCUGCUGUUAGAAAAAGAAAUGUCAAUCUUCACUCUGUUAAUUGUGAAAACUAUUAUCAUCAUUCGCCCGAUUCUGAAAUUCAGGCCUUAACAAACAGCUUCAGGUGUUUAGAUAAAGCUUGCAUAAUUGAAGAUCCUCAAAUAGACAUAAAUCGCGAUGGAUCCGCUUCAAAUCCGUGGAGACUCCGUAGUGUAGAACAAGUAGAAUCUUUGAAAUCUCUUGUUAGAGUUGUUCCUAUAUGGUCCAGCAACAUAAACGUUCAGUUGAGCUUAAAUCAAUUCUCAUUUUCCACACUUCAAACACAGACAAUGGAUAGACAUAUAUUCUUCUCUGAUUUUGAAAUACCAGCUGGAUCUUUUUCUGUCUUUAUGGUAAUCACUCUAAUACUUUGGAUUGCAUUGUAUGAUCGUGCUUUCGUGCCACUAAUGGAAAGGUAUACACGACAGCAAGGAGGCUUAAACCCCGUUCUUCGUAUGGGAAUUGGUUUAGUACUCUCUUCUACAGCGAUGACACUUUCAGCGAUAACAGAAGGCAUAAGGAGGGAUAUAGCAAUUGAUCAGAAAGAUGUAUAUCCUCAAGAUGGUCCAAAUAUUGCAUCAGUAGACAUGUCCGCUAUGUGGUUCGUGCCACAGUAUGUGCUUCUUGGACUAGCUGAUGCUUUCAAUGCAAUUGGAUUGGUUGAGUUCCUUUAUUCUGAGCUUCCUAAAAGCAUGUCUAGUUUUGUUGUGGCUAUUUUCACACUUGGGAUGGCUGUUUCUGGCUUUUUUGGGAGUCUUAUAGUGAAUGUUUUGGAUAGUGUUACUUCAUAUGGAGGUGAAAUUAGCUGGUUGUCAAGUAAUAUUAACAAGGGUCAUCUAGAUUAUUACUACUGGUUACUUGCUUUCUUCAAUAUUCUCAACUUCCUUUAUAUUCUUCUCAUUUGUCGAUAUAAUCGUCCUCAGGGGCCGAGCUAGAGUGUCACUGUCGGUUAUGUGUUCGGCUGAACCCAGUAACUUUGAUUCAAAUACUUUAUUUGUCCUAAAAAAUUCAUUGUAUAUGUACAAAUUAUUAAUUUAGAACCCAAUAGUUUAAAAAGAUUAGAAU